AUGUUAAUUUCCAAAAAGUCAACCCUCGAAAUCUUAUCGAUAUUCGUAAUAUUGUCAGUUUUACGUAAAGUCUGGUCAUCUACAGAGAAAGUUUCAUCUACGACUCGUCAGCCAAAUGUCACCAUUUAUUUUCCAGAAGACAUAGCAGACGUGGAUUACAACAAUAGUACAUUUUCCAUAAUAUCAAACUCUUACCCCGUAUUUGAUUUAAUCUGCACUGCGCCUUAUCCUAUCGAAUGGUUAUUUCAUUAUGAGAAGGAUGACGAUGGCACUUCAGAACAGCAAAAAGUAGCUUCUACAAAAAGAGUAGUGUCAAAUUUUUCGGACCAGAGCACUUACAAUUAUGUGGCAAAUAUCAGCUUGCGAUACAACGGAAAGAUUUUUGUGUUUACAAAUUUUUCAUGCAAAUCUGUCCAGAAUGCAGAUCUUCAAACCAACGUAAUAUUGCUUCCACAGGAGAGAAAGAAUAUUAUCCUUAUCAACAUUACUUCCGAACCUGAUCAAUUUCGAGAUGAAGGACAAUCAGUAAUUAGUAUGCCCAAUGAAAAAGAGACAUGCAAAGUGAAAGCAUCCGUGUCAGACAUGGAAGAAUUGUCAUCCUGUUGGAAAUGUGAGAAAGCGGAUGGGACAGAUUUGGAAUUGGAUUUUAUUGGAUGUAACAAUCCAAUCGAAUGUUCCAGUAUCUAUCAACGACAUAAUGUGGGCAAACGAUGCUUUACUGCUCUGCCAAGUAGUGUCAACACUUCGUCCCGGUUUUGCAGACAUAUCGGAGCGCAUGAUUAUAAUCCAAAGACAUUAGUCUGUAAAAAUUAUGGACCUGUCCUUACGAAACUAUAUUUUUUUGGCGUGCCUAAAGUUCCUGAUAAAGCUCCAAAAAUAUAUUUUGACUGGUUGGACGCAAACCAGCAGGAAAUCAUAUAUAUUCACGAUUUACCAAAAACCCUCUACUACGGACAGAACUUUACAGUAACGUGUGAAAUGUCGAGGUACUAUUUUUCUUAUGGUUCUUGGUUUGGACUGCAAUUUGGACAUACCGUUUCCUUCUAUCAAACUGAGAAUACCAUCCAAGACGAAUCAAGAGGAAGUUUUAUAUCAAAAUUACGUGUAAACUUAACAAAUCCGGGUCCUUCCAAACUAUAUUGUUUUGCACCCGUUUGGAACUCGUCAGAGUGGAUUAACACAUCCGUUUCGUUGAAUAUUCAUACUGGAAAAUCACCAAAAGUUAUAAAAAUGUCUGCAGACAACGCCGAAAAGCAGUUCAUAAUUGGUCACAAAAACAGGUCACUAAUCUGCGAUUUUGUUGGUGAACCGAAACCUGAGGUUACUUGGGAGGGUCCUAAAACUGGAUUCUUGGACGAUUUAGAAAAUAACACGAGCAUUUUGACAUUUCCCGAAGUUACAUAUGCCUCUGCUGGGGAAUAUACAUGCAUUGUAAAAUCGUUCUUGGGGGUGGACUCAAAGUCGUUUACAGUGGUUAUCAGUGAGGAAUCGCCUAAACUUAUCAAAACGGUGAUAUCAGUUUCUGUCUCGGUUGCAAUAAUUGUCGCAAUUACAGCUGCAUACAUUGUCUUUCGGUUAUAUCGCGUCAUCAAGUAUCAACGUGAAACUUUGCGACUACUUACUGAAGCUGAGAUAAAGGAAUUUGAAGAUGGGAAUCCAGAAUUUUUAUCGUCGAAAAAUGUGUAUUUCGAUCGAAAUGAGGUUAUUGAAGCUCUACCUUAUGAUAAGCGAUAUGAAAUUCCGCCACAAAAUCUAGUAUUCGAUAAAGGAAACCUUCUGGGAAGUGGGAAAUUUGGGAAAGUUUACAAGGGUAAAAUUAAACGACGAAGUGUUCUCGCGAGUAAUACGACAAAUUCGCCAAAAACCUCGGAAUCCUCGGAUAAUAUUCAACCUGCAGAAGAGGAGCUUGCCUCCAAUAAUUCACAACUUAAGGACGCAGUUGUCGCAGUAAAAACCUGUGGAACUGAUGUUGAUGUCAUGUAUUUCAAAGCCUUGUUAUCUGAAGUGAAAAUCAUGGCAUUUAUUGGACACCAUAAAAAUGUCGUUAGUCUAGUUGGAGCUUGUACACAAAAAAUUCGAAAUCGUGAAGUGUAUAUUGCUAUCGAAUUUUGUCCUAUGGGUAAUUUGGAGUCAUUUCUGAAAAGGCACAAAGCAUCAUUUCAAAAUAAGGUUCGAUACGGAAUAAUCGUGGCUGAUCCGGUGGGUACAAACGCGCCGAUGGGUUCUGUAAUAUAUGAUAACAUCCAAAUUACGGAUGUCUCGGACAUUAAGCUGUCAACUGUAGACUUGAUGAGAUGGACUUAUGAUGUGGCGAGCGGGCUAGAAUUUAUUCACGACAAAAAAGUAAUUCAUGGAGAUUUGGCGACAAGAAACAUCUUGCUGAGUGAGGACCUCGUUGCAAAGAUUUCGGAUUUCGGACUAUCCAGGCAGCUUGUUGAGUGCUCGAAUUACGUUAAAAAGACUCAGUGCCCUCUCCCCUGGAGGCAUUUAGCUCCAGAGUGUCUCCAAUAUUUAGAAUUCAGUUUAAAAUCCGAUAUUUGGAGUCUUGCUGUAACUCUUUGGGAAAUUUUUACUUUGUCCGAAAUUCCAUAUUCUGGAAGGCUGUACAGCACCGAUUUUAUUCAGGAACUUCAACGAGGACUCCGAUUAACCAAACCGAUUUUUGCGACCAAUGAUUUGUACGAGUUUAUGCUAAAAUGUUGGACAUAUAAACCUGAAGAUCGCAUUGUGGGGCUUGAGGAACUUAAAAUCAUGUGUGCCAAAUCGUUGAUGCUUUUUGUAGAACAUGGAACGGCGGAAGAUAGCGAAUAUCUACAACUUUGUGAUGAACAAGAGCGUUAUGAAGAUGCUCAGGGCUAUCUAGUGCCCAUUGCUCUUGAACAAGAACCAUAAUUUGUAUGACAUCCUAAUGCCCAAGACUCACUGUAAAUUUGCAUGAAACUAAAUUGCAUGCAAACAAGCAUGCAGAUAAGUGUAUGAAGAAAACUUUUUCUGUACAAUUUAUUUCUAGAUUCAUUCUACUACUGAAAUGUGCAUACAAUAAACACAAGUUUUAUCAGUACAACA